UGCACCACCACACCCCCGCUCUCUCAUAUGCGCCCGCGCUCCUCGCUCUUCGCCCUCGCCCUCCUGCCCUCGCUCCUCAGCUGCGCCGCGCGCCCCGCCGUCUCGCUCGCUCCGCAGGCGCCGCGCGCCCUCUUCUUCUCCUCGUCCAGCACCACCGCUGCCGCCUCGUACGGCAUGUCCGACAGCAACAACGGCGAGCUCGACGCCAAGUCGGAGCAGCUCAUCGCCGAUGCCCAGGCACUCUUCAGCGCCAAGCCGUCCGAGGAGAUCUUCACGCGCUGGAGCCCCGACGCGCUCUUCGAGGACCCCAUCUGCCUCGCCGUCGGCGCGCGCCAGUACAAGGCGCAGUGGUACGGCCUGGCCAAGGCCUUCAGCGGCAGCAUGACGCGCGCCUGGCGCGUCGAGAGCGUGUCCAAGGAGCAGAUCAAGUACGUGCAGAAGCAGUGGUACAAGGUCGCCGGCUUUGAGAAGGAGAUGAUCAGCACCGUCGUGAUGAAGCUCAACAAGGAGGGCAAGGUCACGCACUUCAUCGACAUGUGGAACCACAAGGCGCCCAGCACGAACCCGGUCAUCUACGCACUGCGCCGGCUCAACGGCAUGAUCAUGCCGCUGUUCGUCGGCGUGCCCAAGGCCGAGCAGCAGAAGCACAAGGACCUUUAAUCGCAGCCACUUGACACCACACAAGUCGCGAGACGAGAACCACGUGCCAUUUGCAGCCUGGGUAAGCGGGGUGUGUCCGACGCGGCGGGUAAACUGGGAGGGUGCGUCCGUUCACGGGCAGCGAGACGAGAGAGGGUAUGAUGGAGGAGAGGAGGCGGGAGCGCCGUGACCUUGUUUGCCGUAUGUCCGGGGUCAGCGUGAAAGAGACGCGUGCGAGUGAAGGUGCAGUCCGGUGGCGGCAUCGUGGAAUGCAGUGGGAUGCGGUUGCGAGAGGCAGUGGAGCGGACGGAAAGGUGAUGGGCGGGUGGCGUGGCGCUCGG